AUGGUUCCAUCACCGAGCUGGAUUUCGCGGAUAAACGUACCAUCACCAACAGCAAUUCGACAAAUCCUGUAUGGUGUCAUUCUGGGAGUUUCCUUGUCCAUCGCGUCCACGUCGUUGGCCGUCUAUUAUCAAGCACGCAAGCGGGAGCGUCUGGCGGCACAAUAUCAACCAAGGCCAAUAGAAUUAAGACGCGACGAAGUGCUUUCGGGAGUGACGGGGCUGAUAGGCAACACGCCUCUGAUUAGAAUCAAUUCAUUGAGUGAUGCGCUUGGUGUUGAGAUACUCGGAAAGGCUGAGUUCCUGAACCCAGGCGGCAGCGUGAAGGACAGAGUGGCUCUACGCAUGAUUGAAGAUGCCGAAAAAAAUGGUCUCCUUUACCCAUACACUGGUUCGCGCAUAUUUGAAGGUACCGUUGGCUCAACAGGAAUCUCAAUUGCGACGAUUGCUGUAGCUCGUGGAUACAAUGCUACUAUCAUCAUGCCAGACGACGUAGCGGAAGAGAAGGUCAAAGCUCUCCAUGCCCUUGGGGCAGAAGUCGAAAGAGUACGACCAGCCAGUAUUGUUGACAAGAAGCAGGCAACUCGCCGGCGCGCCAUUGAAUUUGGCAAACAGAGUAGCAUGGAUCGAGCCAACAGUCUUACCGACAACGGGUCUUCGCACCUACUCAAGUCUCCAUCCUCCGUAGUUAUUUCUACGUUGUCCACCCAUGCAACCUCAGGUGCCGACGCCGACCCACGUGCGGACGAGGAUAUCAUCAGCAAGCCUCGAGGAUUCUUUGCAGACCAAUUCGAGAACAAAAGCAACUUUGAUGCUCAUUUUGACGGUACUGGACCAGAGAUCUGGAGACAGACGGACGGUCGGGUAGAUGCGUUUGUCAGUGGGGCAGCUGGCGUUGGGCAGUACCUGAAGUCCAUGAACGAGGACGUCAUCGUGGCGUUGGCAGAUCCAGAGGGCAGCGGGUUGUACAACAAAGUACCUCUCCGCCUAUCCUCGCCGAUUUCCUGGAUCGCUGAGUUUCUCAUUCAGGUGAAAUACGGCGUCAUGUUCGAUCGCAAGGAGGCCGAAGGGACGAAGCGACGGCACCAGGUAGACACUGUCGUUGAAGGGAUUGGAAUCAACCGACUAACGAACAACAUAGAACUUGCCCUCCCGAUUAUCGAUGAUGCCUUCAGAAUAACGGAUGCUGAGGCUGUCAGCAUGUCAAGGUAUUUGGUGCACAACGACGGUCUUUUCCUUGGGUCUAGUAGCGCGUGUAAUUUGGUGGCGUGCGUGAAGUUGGUGCGCCAGAUGGGCUGGAAGGACGGGCAAAAGAUAGUCACCAUUCUUUGUGAUUCUGGUACCCGUCACUACUCGAAAAAUUUCGCAUCUAAUCUCAAACUUAGGAACGACGAAUACCUCCGCACGGCCAACAUACCAAACGAUUCCCAGAUUGUUCUGGACUUAUUAGACACUCCGAUUACUUCCUCCUCAGAAUGA